AUGACUAGGGGUGACAAUCAUCUGCCCGUGACUUUUCAUUCAGCUGGCUCAACAAUAUCCUCAGCUCACCCGCAGAGCACUGACAGCCGCAGGCCUUCCUUGGGAAACAGUAUUGACGAUAAGAACAGGGCGGGCCUGAUAGCUUUAUUUGCCUUACCAAAAGAGAGCGCAACAAUGAAUACAAUGGCUGGUAUACGUUUGCUAAUUGUUUGCUUAAUGUAG